AAGAAACUCAUUAAAUUUAUUAAGGAAGAAUCCGAGAAAAAAAUUACAAAUUUUAAACGACCAAACUUAGAUGAGCAGCAUUCAGAACGCACAGCCCCAAAAAGGAAUAGAACAAGUACUAGCAGAAGUAGUUUGUCGCCAUCUGAAACUGAUACAGAAAGUGAUACAACUAACUGUGCUUUAAUGAAUAAUCGGGUGAAUAAUAAUAAUUCACUUCAUAAUUCGGCACUGCAGCAUGUUAUAAAUAUUAGUAAGAAUUAUAUCGAAAAAUUUUCGAAGGAAGAGUUUAACAAUGGCAGAAUUGAUCAAGAGAAACUAACCGAUUUAUUAGAUAGAUCCAAAAACAUAAAAGUUGAGAUGGAUGGCAUUUUAAAUGCAAAAAUAUCAUGUCCAUUAUGUACCUUUAUCUCGUCCGCAUACUCAGUAAAAAACUCAAAAACUGGCCGAAAAUGGGUCGUUUCAAACUUUUUAAGACAUUAUCGAACACACUUUAAAUGCAGUGAAAGCAAAUCACUUGCCUCCAGAAAAUCUCAGAAGGAGAAGGUGCCCUAUAGUAUAGUAAAAUUCCUGAAAAAAAAUACUGCUGAUGAAACUGGGAGCUCAAAUACUCCACCGAAUUUUUAUACAAUUAAUGCCAAUUCUGUAGCUUCUACAUCAUGUGCUACAUCAUCAGCUAUUCAGUAUGAAAGACAAUUCAAUAAUCAUUGUGAGCUCCAACAAUAUAUACCCUAUGAAGCGGAAACAUCCUAUCACCAUCCAACAAAGAUUAAUAUAAUAUCCCACGUCAUUAAACCUGCAAACAGCGAUCAGCCAAGAAUCAUAAAUCAGUCAUUUGAAUCCGAUAUGUUAAAUACUAAACAAAUUCAAGAUGAACCUGAGCUCGAACCUGAACCAUUAUUAGACGAGUUCACAAAUUCAAAGUCAACUCUGCUACAAAUUGAUGAGGUAGCCGAGGAGGUAACUGAUAAUUACCAAAAUAGCAGUCGAGGUAGCAGUCCAAUCGCAAAUGAAAUCGAAGUUUUUGACGCAAUUAACGAUUUAACCUCGGAUUUAACAAACGAUUCAUCACAACCUGACGAUUUUUUCUGCCAUGGCAGUGUUGCCAGUAAGGAUGUUUCAGAGAAAGUAAAGCCUCCCAACGAGCCUCCCAAAAAUAAAUUACGAUUGUUUAGUGGUAGCAAUUCCAGACGCGAAAGGUCUUUACGAAACUUAAAUGAGCUUCCUUACAAUCAAAUACAAAUAACAAACUUUAUGACUGUUUUAGAAGAAGUAAUAGAUAAAAAUCCUGAAGUUACAAAUACCCUAAAAAUUAUCACAGAAAAUAAAAGCUUAAAUAAAUUCAACUACGAUACAAAGGGACUGUUAAAAUAUCUCUUGGAAUCAGCAAUUGAAAAUUCAAAAAGCAAAUCAAAGAAUGCAAAUAAAUUUGACGAAGCAAUUAAACGUUUCUGGCUUUACAUUUUUAUUACCGCCGGUAGGAUGACCUACGAAAUCUUGUACUCAAAUUUAAAAAACAUAUUACCAUCUAUUACUACCAUUCACCGACAACUGGAAGAAAUUGACAAUAUUUUAGAGGGUGUUGUAAGAAUCGAAGAUCUUAAAUUAUAUUUGGUGAAGCGAAAAUACCCCCCUGUGAUUUUUAUUUCUGAAGACCAAACAGCACUUAUUAAAAAAGUACAAUAUGAUUCUUCAAUAAACGAAAUGAUUGGUUUCGUAGCACCAUUAAACAAAAAUACGGGAUUUCCUUGCCUUAUAAAAUUUCCAGUGGACUCGAUUUGCGACAUUGAAGAAGCUUUUAAAAAUGAAAGUUUGGCCAUAAACGCGUACAUUUUUAUGGCUCAGCCAUUAGUAGAUGGAUCCCCUGCUUUCUGUAUAUCUGUCUUUGGCAGUGAUAAUCGAUUCACAUAUGAAAAUGUUUCUAAACGUUGGCAAUAUCUUGUAAAAGAGGCAGAAAAACAUGACAUAACAAUUUUGGGGUUUUCGAGUGAUGGCGAUACACGAUGUUUAAAGAGUAUGAAAAUUUUAUCAAAAUUACCACUAAUCUCAGAUAAUCCAUACUCACCAUAUUAUCAGGCAGAAUUUAAUUUAGAAAAUCCCACUGUAUUUCAAGAUACUAUACACAUAUCAACUAAGCUGAAAACUCGACUACUAAACCAAAAUAUUUGUAUGAACAUGGGAGGAAAGCAGGUAUCUGUAGAAAGUAUUCGAAAAGUAAUUGAAAACUACUCAAGGGAUAAACAUUUACUCUGUAAGAGCUUUCUCGAUUCUUCCGAUAAAAUGAAUUUUAAUGCAAUCGACAAAAUAAGUUCUGAACGAGUUACAAAUCUACUCGUGGAAAUUCCUGACGCUGAAGCUACUAGGCAAUAUUUAAUUUUAACACGGUAUAUCUUGGAUGCAUUUUUGUUAAAAGAUAUCAGUAUAGAACGGAGGAUAUAUCUCAUUUGGUAUGCUACUUUUUUUAUGCGCAUUUGGAGAUCCUGGCUCAAAAAGAAUAACCAAAGUAUUCAGAAGAAAUUUAUUACUUCAAAUACAUACACAUGCAUAGAGCUAAAUGCUCAUGAAAUUAUCCUUGCCAUUGAGCAACUUCGUCAAAAACAAAUUCCAGAAGCUUUUCUUCCAUGGUUGUUUAGCAGUCAGUCAUGCGAAAAAAUAUUUAGAGAAACACGAUCUAUGAGCAGUACCUUCUCCACCGUAAUAAAUUAUACACUACUUGAACUAUUAAGACGCUUAAAACGCAUACAAGCUAUGCAUGAAAUCAGCACUGAUUUAGGUGCCGAGUUUAUAUUUCCCCGACAAGAAAACAAUAGAUUGGGCGAUGAUUCCCCUUCUUAUCAAAUUAAUCAUCUUCCAUCAGUGGAACUUAUUAAGCAUACAAUCGAAAAAGCCAAAGAAGAUGCAAUAUCAAGUGCUAGACAGUUUGGUAUGGAAAUGAAUACGGAAUGUUGGUUAAAUGUUGACUUACUAACUGAACAAAUUCCAUGUAGUACAGAACUUGAAGAGGAAGAAGAAUUAGAUGACAGUGUUAUAGAUCAUAAGAAUCGAAAGAUCGAGGAAAAGAUCACUCUCGAAACCCCACUCGAGUCCGGCUUGCCUAAAGAAGACUCAGAUUUUCUUCAGUACACAUCAAAGUUUGACAAUUACGAUUCGCUACAAUUAAAGGAUUUUUCAGGGCAAAAAAAAAUACACAAGUCAUGUCUAGCGGUGACGCUUAAUGAUGGAAAAACCAGAAUACUAAAAAAAUCAACUUUAAUUUGGUUCUUCUCCGAGAAGCAGGGGCGUUUAUCGACUGAUCGAUUAUUAAGAGUUAAGGGGAUGUCCCUUAAAAACAUUCAAAAGAAAAAGUCGGGAAUCCAGCUUAAUAAGACCUUAAAAAAUAAAUCUAAACGAAGUGGAAGAAAUAGUAAGCUAAGCGAGAAGCAGAGGCGAAAGGAAGAAGAUAGCACGUCUGAAUCAGAAUCAGACAUUAGUUUGGCUAGUGAGAUCCUAAGCGAAGAUUUCUCUGAUUUAGAAGAACGUUCUGGUAAAACCAUGUCCAAUAUCGAGUCCAUUAGCUUAGAUUCAUAUUAUGCUGUGUACUAUGACAUACAAUGGUAUCUAGGGCUAGUAAUUAACUGUAAAUCAGAAAAGUUUAAAAUGAAGUUUUUACAACAGGACAAGGAUAUUUUUAAAUGGCCCAAAAAAGACGAUAUACAAGAAGUUCAUCGACGUUUCAUUUUUCAUGGACCUAUCACAUUAUGUGGCUGUGAUCCGUUUACCAUAAAGAGAAACGAUUUGGUUGUCAUUAACAAAAAAUACAAAGAUUUUAAAUGUUAAUAAAUUAUCUAUUUAGAUAUUAUUUAUCAGCAUCUUUUUUUUAAUAGGUAAUGAUGUUUUAGUUUUUUUUAGCCAAUGUAUUUAUUUUUGCCAUGUUCCUAUUGCAGUACCUGACUCAAUAUUUUUAGUACAAUGUUCUUUUUCAUUCUGUUUAA